AUGGCUGUUCGGGGCAGCUUCAGCUUCCAAUUCAGCCAUUCUAAUAUGUUCGGCCAACGUCAAUUAGUUUGCCUGGCACGUGCGGUACUGCGAAAUGCGAAAGUGCUUGUGUUGGAUGAAGCUACUGCUGCUGUCGACGUAACAACUGAUUCAUUGAUACAGGUAACCAUUCGACAGCAGUUCAAGUACAGCACUGUGUUCACCAUUGCCCAUCGACUGAACACCAUCAUGGAGUAUGACAGGUAA